AUGCACCGAUCCUCGCCGCUGCCUGACGCCACACAACUCGGCAGCAGCAGCAGCAGCAGCAGCAGCAGCAGCAGGGCGAGCAGCAGGGCGAGCAGCAGGGCGAGCAGCAGGGUGAGCAGCAGGGCGAGCAGCAGGGCGAGCAGCCUUGGCGGCAGGAGGCAGAUGGGGGCGAGCAGCAACGAGCUGCGCCCGCCCCACCUCUGGUACGGCACUUGCCCCACCUCUGGUACGGCACUUGCCCCACCUCUGGUACGGCACUUGCCCCACCUCUGGUACGGCACUUGCCCCACCUCUGGUACGGCACUUGCCCCACCUCUGGUACGGCACUUGCCCCACCUCUGGUACGGCACUUGCCCCACCUCUGAUACGGCACUUGCCCCACCUCUGGUACCGCACUUGCCCCACCUCUGGUACGGCACUUGCCCCACCUCUGGUACGGCACUUGCCCCACCUCUGGUACGGCACUUGCCCCACCUCUGGUACGGCACUUGCCCCACCUCUGGUACGGCACUUGCCCCACCUCUGGUACGGCACUUGCCCCACCUCUGGUACGGCACUUGCCCCACCUCUGGUACGGCACUUGCCCCACCUCUGGUACCGCACUUGCCCCACCUCUGGUACGGCACUUGCCCCACCUCUGGUACGGCACUUGCCCCACCUCUGGUACGGCACUUGCCCCACCUCUGGUACGGCACUUGCCCCACCUCUGGUACCGCACUUGCCCCACCUCUGGUACGGCACUUGCCCCACCUCUGGUACGGCACUUGCCCCACCUCUGCGUGUGGCUCAUCCGUCGCUGCGUGCUCGCACUGGCCUUCCGUCCAUCCACCACACUGCCUCUGCUGCCCCCAUUUGAACCUCCGGCGUUCCCUCACCUCCGUAUCCCCCCUCCCCUCUCCUCCUCGCCCAUACUCCCUUCCCCUUCGCCCUCCCACGUUCAUCUACGUGUUGGUGGGGGGGGGAGCGCUGCUCACGCUGGUGACCAUCGUGGGCGCCGUGGCGGCGGAGAGCAACAAUGGCUGCUGCCUCUCAUGCUACCAGUUCGGCCUGUGCGUGCUGCUGCUCAUCCAAGGAUCCCUCGCUGCCCUCGUCUGGCUUCAGGACGUGCCGGAGGACUCCACGGGCGAGUACGAGAGGGAGAGGGCGUUUGUGCUGCGCAACCUCGACCUCUGCCGCCUCGCUGCCGUCAGCCUGCUGCUCGUUGAGGGCACGGCGCUGCUGCUGGCCAUGAUGCUGAGGGCCAUGCACAGCGAUGCUGCACUGGCGGACGACGACGACUACAUCCCCCCCCACCCCCACCCCAACUCACGCCUGCGCCAGCCGCUCCUCCGCCCGCCCCACAUGGCGCCCCCUCCUCCCUACUCCUCCGCCGUCCCCUCGUCCUCUGCUGACGCUGGUGGUGGUGGUGCGGGUGGGAGUGGCGCGAGUGGCGUGGGUGUGGGGGGAGCAGCGGACGGUGCAGCAGCAGCAGCAGGAGGAGAGGGGGGAGCAGCAGCGCUGUCAGAUGCCUGGCGGAACAGGAUUCUGGAGAAGUACGGGCUGGACACGAACGAGUUCCACCACCCCGUCAACGCACCCCACGCACCGCCCAUGCCCCCGCAGCCCCCCCCUUCAUCUUCCGCCUGUGCCCUCAUGUGA